AUGGCGCCGAAUAGCCAGACGCCUGGCCACCAUGACAACCCGUCCGCGGACCAAAUCCCCCUCCAAGACCUCUCCAGAUUCGAGGGCCCCGCUGACGAACGCGGCAGAGGUCGCGCCAACAGCGCGGGGAGUGGUCUUUUCUCGCGACGGUCAUUGAUCAGAGGAGGGUCGCGGAGGCAUUACCAGAGCGUGGCUGAGGAUUCACCGGUUGAAUUAGUCGGCGCGAUCAGGAAUCCCUUUCGGCCAGCUCCUUAUGGCGGCCGUGAAUCCGAUGAGAUCCCUCCUGAAGCGCUGGCGCAAGCCAUGUCAUUCGGUGCCACUUUCGACAAUUCGCACCAAACAACAGCUACCGCCGGGCCCUCCUCAAUACAUGACUUUGAUGACGCUGCUUCCGACCUCGAUAAUGUGCCGCUGGACGCCUAUGCUACUCACGACCAUGGUGGCUACCUGGCCCCACGCGUCGAAGAUGAAGAUGACACCGCAAGAUUGACGGACCCACGGUAUUUGCAGCCUAUUAGUGGCGCCCCCGGCGAAGAGGGUCGACAGAGCAGUGACACGGGUGUUCACACUGUCCACUUUGGACAAGGAGCGCGACUGGGCGACGACCUGCCUCAUCUCGAGGAAGGAUUGUCGCGAAGCCGUGGCAGCAGCGCCCGGUCUCGCUCUUUGUCCCCGUCGGCUUCCGGUGGUGCUCUGCAGCGAGCUAGCUCGAUGGUGAAAUCCAUGUCGCAACGUGUGGUCAACUUGAGUAACGAACCAGAGGUAAUCGAACAAUCCAUCGAGCGGGAGGAGUCGCACAAAAACUCUCGACUGGAGGGUCCUCCACUGCUCCCCGCAAUGCUGGACUAUGCGCAUGAUCCUUCACCCAAUGCAACUGGACGAGAGAAGCGGUCAUCAGGGAGGAUGUGGCGAUACCAAAAUAACCCAUUCCGAGGCAGGUCACUCGGUAUAUUGGGUCCGGAUCACCCCCUUCGACUAUGGCUGUGUGAUGUUCUCGUCAAUCCAAUCAUGGAACCAUUUAUCCUGGGCAUUAUUAUCAUCCAGACUAUUCUACUCAUUGUGGAAUCCUCAAAAUCCGUUUUCAAUCACCCCUUGGCUGUGCGAUGGGGCAGCAGCCCGCUAGACUACAUUUUCUUCGUCAUUUUCGCCAUUUAUACACUCGAAAUAAUUGCCAAAAUCCUGGUGUCCGGCUUUAUGUUUAACCCAGCAGAGUACAGUACUCUCAAUCGAUCUUUGGGCAUUCGCAAAGCGAUUGCGGAGAAAGGCAGGAACCUGAUCACGCCUCAUCGACAAGCGACAACGAAAAAAGUCUCGUUUCUUCCACAAGAACCGCAAGGAUCUAUUCUUCGGACGUUAACUGGAAUGAAUUCGUUAGACCCUAACGCUGGUAGCUACGACGAUCCCCUUCAUAAACGCCGUGUUAGACUUGCCCACCGGGCUUUCCUUCGACAUUCGUUCAACAGAUUAGACUUCGUUGCCGUCGUGGCUUUUUGGGUUUCCUUCUCUCUCUCCCUGAUGGGCGUGGAGUCAACGCAUCAGCUAUACAUUUUCCGAAUGCUCAGUUGCCUUCGAAUCUUGCGUCUUCUCGCUCUCACCAACGGUACAUCUGUAAUUCUUCGAAGUCUGAAACGGGCUGCUCCUUUGCUGGUCCACGUUGCAUUUCUCAUUGGAUUCUUCUGGCUUCUUUUCGCCAUCGUUGGUAUUCAAAGUUUCAAGUCCAGUUUUCGACGCACUUGCGUCUGGAUCGAUCCCGAGGGCAAGAGUAACUAUUCAUCCGGCGACCAAUUCUGUGGUGGAUAUCUUGACAAUGUCACCGGAGCGGACAUGCCUUGGCUUGAUCAAUUUGGCAACCCCUCCACUUCCUCCAAGCCGAAAGGGUAUCUUUGCCCGCAGGGUUCUCUAUGCAUGGAAGGGCCGAAUCCAUACAAUGGAACCCAGAGCUUCGACAACAUCGUGCAAUCCCUCGAGUUGGUCUUUGUCAUCAUGAGUUCUAAUACCUUUACGGAUCUGCUUUACUCUACCACCGAUAGUGACUACCUCGCGGCAGCUUUAUACUUUGCUUUCGGCUUGGUCAUUCUGAGUCUGUGGCUGGUCAACUUGCUCGUUGCGGUCAUCACGCACUCCUUCCAGGUUAUUCGCGAAGAAAGCAAGCGCAGUGCAUUUGCCGUCCAACAGAUCGAUGCGGUGGACAGCGACGAAAACUUGAACAGGAAAAUGAACCCUCUUAAGCGCAUUUAUGAUAAGACUGAGUGGCUGUGGGUGUGCCUCAUUUUCUUUGACCUGGUUGUCCAAGCUUUGAGAAGUGCCACCAUGUCGAAUGAACGAGCUCAAUUCAUCGAUAACACCGAGACUGUCGUCACCCUCGUUUUCCUUAUUGAAAUUAUCCUGCGGGUUGCAUCAGACUGGCGUGUCUUCCAUCGCAAACGCCGAAAUUGGUGUGACCUUUUCCUUGUGGUGGUCACCUGCAUCAUUCAAAUCCCUCCGAUCCAUAAUUCAGGCCGCGCCUAUACCGUUCUCACCCUCUUUCAGAUUCUUCGAGUUUACAGAUUCGUUCUAGCAUUCUCUGUCACGAGGAGACUGAUCAUGGUUGUUUUCCGGAACGUGGUUGGUUUGCUUAACCUCAUCUUUUUCCUGUUCUUGAUGACCUUUCUUGCAUCUAUCUUCGCAACCCAACUGCUCCGAAGCCAAAUCCCUUCCGAAGAUUCCGGUGGUAAUGCAAUCAGCAUCACCUUUGCUGAUAUCUACAACUCAUUUUUGGGAAUGUACCAAAUUCUCUCGAGUGAGAACUGGACAGUCAUCCUGUACAAUGCCACUACUUACACCGUGGAUUUCAAUACAGCCUGGAUAUCUGCUGCCUUCAUCAUCUUGUGGUUCAUUGUGGCCAACUUUAUCGUUCUGAAUAUGUUCAUUGCUGUCAUUCAAGAGAGCUUUGACGUCUCAGAAGAUGAGAAGCGGAUGCAGCAAGUUCGGGCAUUUUUGGAACAGAAGCAUCUUGGUGGAAAUGCUAAAGGCAAUCUUGCUCUGUCCAGGAUUCUUCGUUUAGGCAGAGACUCGGAUCGAUACAAGGACCCUUUGGACCAUGGUCCUGCGGCGAUGGAAAUGCUUCUCAAGGACGCUGUUGUCCGCGACUUCCUUGACGAGGAGGAAGAGAACGCACAGGCCGAAAAUGAAAACCGACGUCGCGAAAAUACCAUGAUUCCGGAGAGUGCGAAUCAGGAACCCGUCGAGCCCGGCUUUUUGUCUCGACUCUGGACGAAGGCCACCUCUCUCAUUCUGGGCCGUGAACCAAAUCCGUUCUACUCCAAGCUCCAAUUCUCACGAGCUUACGAGGAGCUGGACCCACGGACUAUGGCAAGAGAAGUCGCCUCUGCGGCUGAAGCCAGAAAGCGCGCACAGCGAGAAUACCUCGUCAAGCAUCCCAGCUACAACAAGUCGUUGUUCAUAUUCUCGCCACAAAACUCCGUUCGCAGACUCUGCCAGAAGAUUGUCGGUCCUGGACGAGGUAACCAGCGAGUUGAAGGCGUGGAUCCGUACAAGCCGGUCUGGUAUGCGUUCUCAGCAUUCAUCUACGCAGCAAUUGUGGCCAUGGUGCUCCUUGCCUGUAUCACUACACCUCUCUACCAACGACAAUACUUCCGCACCACCCGCAACUGGUUCGUGUACACUGAUCUUAGCUUCGCUAUUAUCUUCACGGUGGAGGCCCUGAUUAAAGUCGUGGCUGAUGGCUUCUUCUGGACACCCAACGCUUUCUUCCGCAGUUCCUGGGGUUUCAUCGACGGGAUCGUGUUGUUGACCCUGUGGAUUAAUGUUGGUAGUUCAUUGAAGAAAGACUGGAACGUUUCUCGAGCCAUUGGUGCUUUCAAAGCCCUUAGGGCUCUGCGUUUACUCAACGUCUCCGACAGCGCCAAGGACACUUUCCAUUCGGUCAUUAUUGUUGGAGGAUGGAAGGUCGUUGCCGCAGCGGCUGUCUCCAUGAGUUUUCUCGUUCCAUUUGCCAUCUACGGAGUCAAUCUGUUUAACGGACAGAUGAUCUCAUGCAACGAUGGAAACUUUGUGGGGAAUCUCACGGCCUGUGUGGGCGAGUACGCUAGUUCCCCCUAUAAUUGGGACGUGCUGGCCCCGCGAGUCGCAGCUAAUCCAUACUACGACUUUGAUGACUUUGGUGAUUCCCUCUUCAUUCUCUUCCAGAUUGUUUCUCAAGAAGGUUGGAUCGAUGUACAGGAUAGUGCGAUGCAGAUCACUGGAAAGGGCUUGCAACCGCAGGACGGGAGCGCACCGGAGAAUGGCAUUUUCUUCGUCGUCUUCAAUUUGCUGGGUGCAGUGUUCGUGUUGACGCUGUUUGUGUCUGUGUUCAUGCGUAAUUACACGGAACAGACUGGCGUUGCGUUCUUGACCGCUGAACAACGAUCUUGGCUGGAAUUGCGGAAGCUCCUUCGACAAAUCUCGCCGUCCAAGCGGUCGUUUAAUGAGAGGAGCAAUAAAUGGCGCUUAUGGUGCUAUAGAAUUGCCGUUAAGAAACAUGGACGAUGGGCGCGGUUUGUGACUUUCGUUUUGGUGGUGCACCUGCUGCUUCUGGUCCUCGAGUAUUAUCCCGAGCCUAAUUGGUGGGUGACGACUCGCACGAUCUUGUUCUUCGCCUUCAUGUUCGUCUAUAUUGCCAACGUUCUCAUUCGGCUAAUUGGCCUCGGCUGGCAUCGGUUCAGCCGAAGCUCUUGGGAUCUUUACUCACUUCUUGCUGUGCCCGGUGCAUUCAUCACGAUCCUUCUCGACCUGUCAUAUCCAACCCAAGUUGUGCUUGAGUUGAACAAGCUGUUUCUUGUCUCAAUCGCGUUGUUGCUCAUUCCACGGAACAACCAGCUCGACCAGCUCUUCAAGACCGCCGCAGCUAGUCUGCCAGUGAUCGGUAACCUCCUAGCAACAUGGUUCGUGUUGUUCCUCGUGUUUGGCAUUGCCAUGAACCAGGCCUUCGGCCUCACCAAGCUCGGCUCCCAAGAGAACCAUAACAUGAACUUCCGUGAUGUCCCAAAAUCCCUGAUCCUUCUCUUCCGUGCUAGUUGCGGUGAAGGGUGGAAUCAGAUCAUGGAAGACUUUGCGACAAUGGUACCUCCACUCUGCACAUAUGAUUCCAACUUCCUCGACGACGACUGCGGCAGUGCCGCCUGGGCUCGGACCCUCUUCAUCAUGUGGAAUAUCAUCAGCAUGUAUAUUUUCGUUUCGCUAUUUGUUUCGCUUAUUUUCGAGAGCUUCUCGUACGUCUAUCAACGCAGCAGUGGACUGUAUGCGGUUAGCCGUGAAGAGAUUCGCCGUUUCAAACAGGCAUGGGCGACCUACGAUCCGAAUGGAACGGGCUACAUUACCAAGGAGCAGUUCCCCCGGCUACUUGGGGAACUGUCCGGUAUCUUCGCCAUGCGAAUCUACGACAAUGAGUUUACCGUUGGAGCCAUUCUAGACCAAUGCCGGGAAACACCUCGCGACUCGGUGCAUUCCUUGGCCUCCAUGCACAACGCGCUGCCUCUUCGCUCGCGAGAAUCCGUCCAGUCGUUACGGCCAAAUGGCGAAAACACUCUCACAACGGGUGUCGAUCUCAAGAAACUCGCCCGUAUUAUCGACCGCAUCCCCGUCAAUACCAUUCGUGAACGACGUCAACGCCUAAAUACCUUUUACGAAGAGGUUCUCGUCUCGGCGGACCCAGAACGAGGCAUUUCGUUCCACCAGUGCUUGAUGAUCCUGGCGCACUACAACGUCAUCAGCGACAGCAAGAGUCUACGACUGGAAGAAUUCCUCCGUCGCCGGGCCCGACUCCAACGUGUCGAGGAGGCGGUCCGCCGUAACACGGUCAUCGGCUUCUUCGAUACGCUCUACUGGUCUCGCGAAUUCCGUCGGGCUUGCGACCGCAAGAAAUCCAGUCGCAUGACUGCCAUCCCGCAAUUCACCGUUCCAGAGAUUUACGUUGACGAUCCCGUCGAAGAGGAACCCGAAGAGCACGCACCUGGCGCGAUGACACCACAAACCCAACCAGACCCCGAUUCACCAUUUGCACCUAUGCUCUCGCCAACGUCGACUUCGCACCGGCGGGCGGAGUCGAGCCCGAUCGGACGGCGGAAUGAGCUUCCUCGCUUGGACACCAACUUUGAUGGUCGCGCCUCUGGGGCUAGCACUCCUACGGAGUGGUCUAGUAUCAGUCCGUCGCGCACUCCGCGUCGGUUGUAUGGCGAGCGCGUUUCCUUUGAGUCUGGCGACCGGGUCGAGUCGGUCUCGGGGGCCGAUCACUCUCGCCAGAAUAGCGCGAUUAGUGUACAGGAUGUCAUGCACUCGCUGGACAACUCUGCUUGGGGCGAGAGUAUCCGGCGGAGUUUUACGCAGCGGCGACCGGGUGAUCGAUCCAGCGAACACUAA